GAACUAACACAGUGUCAGUUUUAAGUCCAGGGACACCUGUAAGCUCACUGACCCCCGGAACACCCAAACCAGCAGGGUUCAUGAUUGGAUUUCCCUUCUCAGGAAUUACCUCCAGCACCCCAGGGAUACCGGUCACUUCCCUGACCCCAGCAAACCCCCUGGCUGGCCAGCCUUUGAAAGCUCAGAGCCAGGAUGUGGCUAAUUUGGCAUCAGCAUCGUCCAAGCUGGCAUCAAGUUCCGGACUGACUCUAAAUAUAAAAUCUGCCCAGUCUGCAGGUAGCUCUCAGUUUUCUCAGUUGUCUCCCCGUGUUAUACCUUUCAUUCCAGCAGUUACAUUCCACAGCAUAGACCCUAACAGUAAGUUGUGUAGCAACCUUUCAGUUGCCAAUCCUUCACUGGAGCAGAAGGUAGGUCAGCAUCCCCCGAUCAGGAUGUCGCAGGUUACACCUUUCACUUUGACAGCUACAGGUACCGGCACUCCAGGCACACCUGUAACACCAGCAACUCCUGACACUCCUACAGAUCUAAGUGGCACACGAAGGAAGCUGAAGGACAAACUUCUAAUGAAGCAGUCUCUCAGUGUUGAGAAGAGUCAAGACAAAGGUCAGGAGAAGCUACUGGCUGUGAACUCGCCAUCCGCUACACCAGCUGGUUUCUUCCUGAAAGCAAACAUUUCUGAUGCCGCUCCAGCGGCAGCAUCCGCCUCUCCUGUGAUCAUGUAUCAGCAAGUUUCAAAACCUAAUGCGGCAGGUUCCAACUCAGCUCUGUUGGCCUCUCUGACCAAACCGGCAGUGUCUUCUCAAAAACUUGGUAGCCUGCCCAAUGCAGUUAUCACAUCUGCAGUCAUGGGGCGAAUCAAAGAGUCAGACAAGACUCCAAGUGAUUUGUAUACUAGGUCCGAAUCAGAGACCAUCUUCACUUCAGAUGCCUCUAAAGCACAUCCACCGGUCCUGAGAGCUUUCUCAGAACCAGCAAUUGCCAAAAGGAUGAGGAAGUCCAAACAGUUAAAACCCUCCCCAUUGAGCAUAGAAAGUAAAAAUGUUCAAGCCAUUUCUAGACCCAUGUCCAAGUUGUUGCCAACCCCAAAGACAAGUCAGCCCAGUACAUCUGCAGGACCUGAAGAUCUGACUUCAAAAACAUCUUCAAGUUUUCCGUCAAAGAUUGAGAGUGGUGCAGAUUCUUUUGAUUCAGGUCUCAGCCUUAGAAGUGUGUCUCAAGAAGCACCAUUUUUCUUCCCAAAGUCUGCUUCUAUAGCAAGCCUGGAUAGCAACGAACUGUUGAUAGAUUUAUCCGGGGAUAACUUCAACAAUGUGACAAUCCCCAUUAAUUAUGCAAUCCCAUUUGUGAAUGUGUGCCGCCUUCAGAGUGGUCCCUUGCUGUCAGAAUGGAACCACGCUAGCCGGAUCACCGGCUCGCAGGUGAGUCUGUCGCCAUUGACCUUAGCUGGGUCCAAAAUUCAGUUACCGGCUGUUGGAGGUUCAGCGAUGAGGCAUAGAGAGCAGAAGAACUGGUUGCUGAAGAGGUCGCUGUCACUGCAUCGUCACUUCCAGAUUCUCUCUCGUCUUUGGCAUUCAUCCUCUCCAGUGACAUUAGACUCCAUGACGGCUAUGGCUUUAGCACAGGGCAACCCAUCACCAGCUCUUCUGGGACAUGCCUUGCUGUCUUACUCUUCUUCUACUUCAUCAUCCUCCUUAUCUGAAACCCCCAGCACAGGGACCCCAGGCAGUGCCGAUCCCGGCAAGAUGAAAAUUGCACCUGUGUAUCCUUCUCCUGAUUCGAUAGACGUGACUAAAGACGAACCCCGCAGAAAGCAGAUUUCUGGAGACAGCAGCAUAGACCAGAGUGCAGAGCUGAAAAACUCCCCGCAGGUGUCUCCGUUUCACUUUGACAAGGGUCUGCACGCUGCAGCAGCUAUACAGCUGAAAAUGAGACUCUUUCCAGGAAAAGGAACUCCGGACACUGCAGCUGCAACCCCUUCCAGUGAGGAGCAGCAGCAGCAGCAGACACAUGCCAUCUUCUCACCCAGCCAGGCUCUUCAGCUGUUGACACCUGUCAAGUCCGCUGCACUGGCAAUGAACACUACCACCUCAUCAUUACUGUCUCCGUCUUCAAUAUCCUCGGCAAUAAUCUCCUCUGUCGAACAACACAUCUCCUCAGUGACACCGUCAGGAACUCUAAACACGCCCAUGUACGGCCACUCGUGCCCGACCCUGUACACGACCACGCAUGUAACCUUCUGCUGCAUCCAGCGCCCCCAGCCCAUGUACGUGGCAGUGAAGGGAAGCAAAAAGAUAUCUAUGUACUCCAACUGGCGCCUGGCAACUCAUAACCCAAACCCUGUUGGCCUGACGUCUCGCAUGCUGUUGGCACUGUAUAAGUCAAGAAACGUCUGCAACCCAGUGUAUGCUCAGUGCUCCAUGACACCUGGCAAUGGAGGUAACCAGACGCACAGCUCCUACUGGACUUACCACCGGAAGAAGUUGGCUGGAGUCAAGAAGGAAACAACUGAAGUCAAGAGUGAAGACUCCAAGUCUAGCAGUGCCAUCAAGACUGAGUCAGCCAAAGAAAGCAAACGUCUCAAACUGCGCUUGGCUAAAGGCGGUUUCAAGAGCAACGAGAAAUACGAAUAUAUCCGGGGCCGAGGCUGGGGGAAGUACAUCUGUGAGAUCUGCGGGAUCCGCUGCAAGAAGCCAAGCAUGCUGAAGAAGCACCUGAGGACUCACACAGACCUGCGGCCUUAUCACUGCCGCCACUGCAAGUUCUCGUUCAAAACAAAGGGGAACCUGACGAAGCAUAUGAAGUCAAAG